AUGAAGGUCAUCCCCGUUCCCGUCCGCGAGGACAACUACGCGUACCUCCUCAUCGACGACGCCUCCAACAAGGCCGCCGCAGUCGACCCAUACAACGUCGACAAGGUUCGCGAAGCCGCAGACAAGGCCGGCGUCGACAUUGUCGCUGCCAUUACCACCCACCAUCACUUCGAUCACAGCGGCGGUAACCAGGCAUUCGCCGCUGCAUUCCCAAAUGCGCCCAUCUACGGCGGCAGCGAUAAGAUCCCGGCCCUGACGAAACUCGUCAAAGACAAAGACGAGUUUACGCUCGGGAACAUCAACAUCAGGUGUCUCGCCACCCCGUGCCACACGCAGGACUCUAUCUGCUACUACGUGACGUCCAGCUCGGGGGCUGCGCACCCGGGUGGGGUCUUCACGGGCGACACGCUGUUCGUCGCCGGCUGCGGCCGGUUCUUCGAGGGCACCGGGGCGGAGAUGCACGCCGCGCUGAGCUAUUUGGCGACGCUCCCGCCGCAGACGGUCGUGUACGACGGGCACGAGUACACGAAGGGCAACCUCGCGUUCGCGAAGCACGUCGACCCGGAGAGCGCGGAGGUCGCGCGCCUCGAGGGUCUGAUUAAGGCGGGUACCAUUCCGGCGGAGCGCACGACGGUCGGGGACGAGAAGGAGUGGAACCCCUUCAUGCGGCUCGAUUCGCCUGCCAUCCAGAAAGCCACUGGCGGCGGAGAGGCAGGCACCGCGAUGGACGCGCUUCGCGAGCUCAAGAACAACUUCCGGGGGUGAGCACGGCCCAGCCACCUAUAACAUUCACUGUUCGAGUUCUGAGAUCUGAGAGUUGAUGAUGCCGACCGGGGACCAGAGGGAAGUCAAGUUGUAUCACCAUCGCACACGCCGCAAACCCAAGCUGUAUAUUAGUGUCACUGCUCAGUGCUCACAUCUUCGCUGCAAUCUUUCAUGCGAAGCUUGAUAUCAUAUCAGAGGCACCUUGUGC